UCGCAGGAUAUGAUACAGUUGAUACUCCCCAGUGCUCCCUACAAGUACGGAGUACAUGCGCUUGUUCUUAUGGACGAGCUCCCCCGUCUCGUAUCCCGUCGAGCUUCCCACUCCCACUCCCACUCCCACUUAUCCUUCUCUUCUUCAUUAUGAGUCCCUCUGAACCCCGUAUGCAUCCCAGAAUAGCUUGAUGUCCAUUCGCAUAUCCUCCACACUCGAGUAGAACAUUCCAUCCCAACAUUGCAGAGGGGAAACCACUCCGCUCCAUUCCAACAUCUUUUCAAUUUCCACCACACUACUGAGUAGUUACUAAUAGCAGAGCCCGUCGUAGCCUGUGCACCAAGUCAUAAGUCGCCAUAAGUUACAUCCAGAUGCCGAUCUCUUGAUCCAACUAUUCAAUUCGGCUUCGACAGUCCUUCUGGGUUGAGAGGAGGAGGUAGAACCACCCCCCGCCCGCACCCGCGCCCGAAUCCCGUCAUCAUGAGCCCCUUCCGAGCUUCUGGAAGAUGGAAGUCAGACGGUCCCAAUCGGACCAAUACAGGUUCUUCAAUACGAGGGCGAAUAGGACCUCCAAUUCCCAUUACGGAUGACGAGGAGUUCCCCAUUCGCGCUCCAGGGGCACCAAGAGCACUGCCCUUGAGUGAUGGCAAUGGCCAGGAGCAGCAACUGGCCCCUUCGCCGGCAAUGGAAGAAGAACACACAAUUCAUCAACAGCCUGGGGUUGCUGUAGAUGACUUUAUAGUACAAACAGAUGCAGCACCCACUUCUGCACCACCACCACCACCACCACCACCACCAAUUCCAUCCGUAGAGGAAGGGUCUACCAUGCACACCAGUCUUGAACAACCAAGUACCUUGCGAGAUUCAACGACAACGGCUCCGUCAAAGGAUAGUAUGGUGGUACCACAGCGUAAAAAGUCUUCUCUGAAAACCGUCUUUGGCCGAUUAUUUGGGAAGAAACGCAAAAGUACUGCAGUUACACUGAGUGAAAGUCCCUUCACGGACCGCGAAGACCAGCAUCGCAGUGUAAGUUGAAGUAAGAAAGUGGGAAUGGCAAAAUGCUUACUUGAUAAAGGUUCCGCCGGCCUCGCACGAUAUUCCCAGGGAUUCAAUGAACCAACAAAAACGUUCUGCCUCCCUGCCCAUCGAUGAGUACAACCGGGCGCUGCGGUCGCACUCUGUGCUUGUAGACCCCGACGACUUUACACAUCGUGGUACGCCGGAUACCAAUCGCGAUUCCAUACAGGCGGAUGGCAGGAUCAGACCGCGUAGGGCGACCACUCCCAGCCGCCUGUGGACACCGACGCAAGGGCCUCCUCCAUUUGCAGCGAAUUGGACAGGACUUUCCCCCAGACCUGUAAGUAGUCAGGCUAGGGGAAGUCGGACCAUCACAGCGGAAGAGGAGGCCGCCAUUGGUAUGGCAGUGACCAGCGGCAGUCAUCCCAAUAGACGAUCUCGGAGUGUUGGCGAACUCAGGGCUGCUGCACUGAGAGGAGCAAAUGUUGGAAGAAGGCGAAGUGACGAAAUCAGGUACUGGAGGGAAAGUUAUGACCCAGGAGUCACCUCUCCAAUUUCCUCGAACAAAGAUGAUACUCCAUUUGAAAAGGACGAUUAUACACCUCAAGAACUACCACAACCUUUCAAUUUCGGUCCAAUGGGAGAGAUGGCUGGAAUGAAGAUUACUCAAGCUGCCAGCCUGGAGACCAGAGUUCAAAGACUCGAAUCCAAGGUGCAAAAAAUGGAAAAGGCAAUAAUACGAUUGCAUCGCCAACAAUCGGCGGACGCUCUGCAGCUUCAAGACCCACCAAGAAACAGCAAAUAUCGGCCACGUACUGGCACUUCUGAAGCCUCCCAACAAAAGCACGAACCGCGGCAUCGAACUCUAGCUCUAGAAUCGACGAGCCAAAAUCGAUCUUCAUCUUACGGGAGUAGCAGGGCCCCCACAAUUGAUACUAAUACGUAUCACCAUCCUUCACGUGAGACAUAUCCUACUUCAAACUUACCGAGCACUGAUGCGUCCAACAUUUCGUCACAAAACGCAACUGUCCGUCCGCUAUCAACUUCUACUACGAUCCGAGGAAUCUCGAGUAACUCUCCAACGAUAUCCAAAGAUGGAAGUUUCACACAAGAACAUUUGUCUUUUUUGACAAAUUUAAUCAUGUCAGAGCACAAUGCUCGUCGUGAGUUGGAAACCGUGGUACAAAAUCUUCAAAAAGAAAUCAGCAUGAUCAGACCCUCGACCGCCUAUCCUACAACCAAUGCAAACCAUGCAAUCAGCAAUCAUAUAAUUCAAAGCCAGCGUGGUAGCUUUUCCAAUUUUGAAGGAGAGGAUAGUAGUGAUGAGGAGGCCAGAUAUGAUGAUUUCCGAACUCCCAACGAAGAACGAGAAUUCCAGGAUCUUCAUUUUGGGGACGUAAUGAACGACGAUCAAAACACGGCCAAUAAUAGGACUAUGAGUCUCAGUCGAAUGACGGUCGCCAACGGAAUGCAACUUGUGUAGAUCAUUUGUUCGUCCUCUUUUAUAUAUAUAUAUUUUCAUUUGUUCCUUUGGGGUUUUUUCUUUGUUUACAGUAAUCGGGGGGAUACCCACGGGCUUGGAAUGAUUGCUUUAUUUUUUUGCUCUCUCGCGGGAUCGGUGGACUGCGUCACACAUUUUUUUUCCUUUUUUUCUUUCUUAAAAUAUAUAUUUAUAUAUAUUAGGAGUGGUGUAGUGUGCUGGCAUCUUCCUAUAUCGCAUGUCAUCUAUCUCUAUGGGGAUAUAUAUUGGGCGGUGGGCGGGGCUGGGCCAUUAUGGCAUAGGUAGCGUAUGUGUAGUGAGUGAGUGAGUGAGCUCAUUUCUAUUUGUAAUAGAUGGGCUUUCGCAUGUAGAACGAGUCUUCUUAAUUAAUCCUACGCCUCG